UUCUGUGUGUUCUCAAUCACUUCCCAUCCAUUUAGCAGCCUCCUAAAGACGUUGAAUCUAGCGACAGUUGGCACGUGCUUUCGUCUGCAAUUUCCAUGUCAUGGAUAAAUACUCAGCAGAGCCUGCCUGCUAGACACCAGAGAGCUCAGCCUUAAUGCCCACCAUGGCUUGGACAUGGACCAUAGCCGCAGUACUGGUGAUGCUAAUUGCUUAUCUCCUGCUAGAAUGGGCAUGGAAAAGCAGCAGCAACAAGAAGAAACUACCUCCGGGUCCAAGAGGGUUCCCUAUAUUUGGGAGCCUUCAUUUGUUGGGGGAAUUACCUCAUCGCGAUCUGCAUCGACUAGCCCAAAAACAUGGCCCUAUCAUCUACUUGCGUCUAGGCUUGGUGCCUGCCAUUGUUGUCUCGUCGCCUCAGGUUGCUGAGCAGUUUCUUAAAGCACAUGACUCGGUGUUUGCUAGUAGACCGGAUCUUGAGGCCGCAAAGCACAUCACGUAUGAGCAAAAGAACUUGGGUUUUUCUCCAUACGGCUCUUAUUGGCGCAACAUGCGGAAGAUGUGCACCCUCGAAUUGCUUAGCAGUCAUAAAAUCAAUUCUUUCAAACCCAUGAGAAAACAAGAGCUCGGCCUUCUGAUAAAGUUUAUUCAAGAGGCUGCUCGUGAUUGUGCUUCUGUUGAUCUGAGUGCCAAGGUUUCAUCUCUCAGCGCAGAUAUGAGUUGCCGUAUGGUGUUUGGGAAGAAGUACAUGGACAAGGAUCUUGGUGAGAGGGGAUUCAAGGGUGCAAUCCAAGAAGGCAUGCAACUAUUAGCAACUCCCAAUAUUGGUGAUUAUAUUCCUUACAUUGGAGCGCUUGACCUGCAGGGGCUGACACGACGGAUGAAGGCUAUAAGUAAGAUCUAUGAUGACUUUUGGGAGAAGAUCAUCGAUGAGCAUGUCCAAUCCAAGGACGAAAAUAAGACCAAGGACUUCGUUGAUGUCAUGUUGAGGUUCAUGGGAUCUCAAGAAUCUGAGUACCGUAUUGAACGCUCCAAUAUCAAAGCCAUCAUGCUGGACAUGCUUGCAGGAUCAAUGGACACUUCAGCAACGGCAAUCGAGUGGGCACUCUCAGAACUAAUGAAGCAUCCUCGGGUAAUGAAGAAAGUUCAAAAGGAGUUGGAAGAUGUGGUGGGGUUGGAGCGGAUGGUAGAAGAAUCAGACUUGGAUAGCUUGGAGUACUUGGACAUGGUCUUGAAGGAAACCUUCAGGCUACAUCCAGUAGCACCGUUGUUGCUACCUCACGAGGCCACGGAGGAUUGCACGAUCAACGGUUUCCACAUACCCCGAAAAUCCAGAGUGAUGAUAAACGUAUGGGCAAUUGGGCGAGACCCAAGUGUUUGGAGUGAUGCAGAGAAGUUCUUCCCAGAAAGGUUUGUCGGAAGUAAUAUAGACGUCCGGGGACAGGACUUCCAACUUAUCCCAUUUGGCUCCGGCAGAAGAGCGUGCCCGGGGAUGCAAUUGGACAUGCUUGUAGGCUCAAUGGACACUUCAGCAACAGUAAUUGAGUGGGCAUUCUCAGAACUAAUGAAGAAUCCUCAAGUAAUGAAGAAACUUCAAAAGGAGUUGGAAGAUGUAGUGGGGUUGGAGAGGAUGGAAGAGGAAUCAGACUUGGAUGGCUUGGAGUACUUGGACGUGGUUUUGAAGGAAACCUUCAGGCUACACCCAAUACCAUUGUUGCUACCUCACCAAAACUGCACAGUUAAUGGUUUCCACAUACCCCAAAAGUCUAGAGUCAUCGUAAACAUAUGGGCAAUUGGGAGAGACCCAAGUGUUUGGAAUGAUGUAGAGAAGUUCUUCCUGGAAAGGUUUGUUAGAAGUAAUGUCAACGUCCGGGGACGGGACUUCCAACUUAUUUCGUUUGGCUCCAGUAGAAGAGGCUGCCCGGGGAUGCAAUUGGAUCUAACGGCGGUUCGGCUAGUGGUGGCACAACUUGUCCAUUGCUUUGAUUGGGAGCUUCCAAAUAAUAUGCAGCCAAAUGAGUUGGACAUGACUGAGGAGUUUGGUCUUACAACUCCAUGUAAAGAAGGAAAAUAA